AUGGCGCUGUUCAGCGUCGCUUGUUCAACAACUCCGCUCUAUGCCACAGUCCCAGAAAAUGCCGCUAUCGGAAGAAACGUCACCAGCGUCCUCACCACCUCUCAGAUGGGUGAAGACGACGUUCAGUGUGAGAUUGUGGAGGGAGACGAGCACGGUCGGUUCAUCAUAACCGCCUGUAGGAUCACAGUUGCACGGCCGCCAUACGAGGUCACUCAUUUUAUCACACUGGAAUCUAACGCUAGGGCCAAAGGAUGUCCGCCAAACAAAUAUGGCAUUAUGUGUGAAAAGGACUGUGGCUGUGAAAACGGCGCCCGUUGCCAUGGAUUCAACGGGGCCUGUAAGUGUCAGCCUGGAUGGCAAGGUGUCGUCUGUGACAUUCCUCACAGUACUGUGGCCAUCAUACCGACUCCUAGCGACUCGCGACAGAUUCACAUCAAGAGUCCGUUGACAUUGGAAUGCAGAGCUUUCAAUCUAGCUGUUAAAGGGAUGACGUGGGGAUUUCCAAAUGGAACCAAAAAGUGGUUACGGAGGACUCAAGAAGACCAGAUAUCACGUGCCCUGGAGGAGCUCCGACGCCUUCCUAUCGCUCACGGUGACGUGGCCGCUCGGAACGUUCUCAUCAGUGGACAUGACGUCGCUAAACUGACCGACUUCGGCCUGGCUCGUGACGUGUACAGUACCAUUUCGCACGCGGAUUCUGUGAAGACAGAUGCUGAGGAGCUGUUGCCUCUGAAGUGGAUGGCUCUGGAGUCACUGAAAUGUCGUCAGUUCACGUGCGAGUCCGACACGUGGUCGUUCGGCGUGCUGCUGUGGGAGAUCGCGUCGUUUGGAGAGGAGCCCAACUAUCAGGAGAUGGUCAGGCUCACCUAUCCGAACUUAGUAGAGUUCCUGAGGAGGGGAAUGCGUCUGCUGAAGCCGCGGGGAUGUCCGAACAGGCUGUAUGACGUCAUGAGGUCGUGUUGGCGGCAGGAGCCGUCGGCCAGACCGACCCCUGAGGAACUGGAACAGAAACUUACAGAAUGUCGUCAUGAGAUAGAUCUUCAGUUUGUGGAGCGAGAAUCUGCAGUUUGAUGUAGAACUCACAUAAGUAGUACCAAGAUAGCCUGUC